AUGCCUACCGCUGUGACUCAUCAUCAUAGGCCGACCACCAAGGUUACAAACAAGGCAUUUAAGUCGAGGGCCGCUUCCAAACAUGAGUUGAGGGACCGCGCAAAGGGCCGAGUUCCCGACGAAAAGGGCAACCGAAAGACUCCUCACCAACAAGUCAUGUCUAAAUUCGACCGACGCAACCAGGCCAAGCAGGCCCGAUUAAACAAGCACAAGGAGCAUGUCAAGGAAACCUCUGUUUUCGCUGGAAAGGAUGGUGCGCCCCGGCAUGUUGCUCUCAUUCCUCUUUGCGCCGGCACCGACCUCAACGCCACGAUCAAGCAUUUGAAUGGCAGUGUCGAUAUCGAGGACAACGAGAGUGGCAACCACCGAGUGACAGUCGACCGAUUCAAGCAAAAGCUACAGUACAUCCCUAUCGAGCGAGACCUUAACUCCUGUAUCGACGCUGCCCGCGUGGCCGAUUUCGUUAUUGUCGUUCUAUCAGCCAGUGUCGAGGUCGAUGAGCUUGGAGAGUUGAUUCUGCGCAGCGUCGAGAGCCAGGGUAUGUCUACGCUCUUCACUAUUGUCGAAGGUCUGGACAAGAUCGAGCCUGCAAAGCAACGACAGAGUGUCUUGGGAUCCCUCAGGUCAUUCAUCACCCACUUCCACCCUGAACAAGAGAGACUUUACAGCCUCGAGAGCCGACAGGAAUGUGCCAACCUUAUGCGAUCACUAUGCAGCACAACACCAAAGGGUAUCCGAUGGAGAGACGAGAGAAGUUGGAUGCUGGCCGAGGAUAUCAAUUUCGCCCACUCAGAGUCCGAGCCCACAGUUAUCACUGGUAUUGUCCGUGGUAGGGGUCUCAAAGCCGACCGUCUUAUCCAGGUCGGUGACUGGGGAACUUUCCAGAUUGAGAAGAUCGAGGCUGCUCCUCUGGCCAAGCAGGUCAAGAAGAAGGGAGAAGAUGUGACCAUUGAGCCUGAGGAAGCCGGAAAGGUUCUGGACGAGCCUACCGAGGAUCGCGAUGACCUGCUGGAGCUGGCUCCUGAGGAGGUUAUGAUGGACGCUGAUGAUGCUGUCAUGGCAACCGAUGCCAGUGAGAAGAAGGGUGUUCUUCUCGACGAACAUCAUUAUUUCUCAGACGAAGAGGCUGAGGCGAGGAAGAUCAAGAAGCGCGUGCCCAAGGGUACAUCCGAAUACCAGUCAGCCUGGUACCUGGAGGAUGUCUCCGAUUCAGAGUCCGACAUGGAAGACUACGAGAUGAAGGACGAGGCCAAUGAGGAGGAGGCUCGACCUGAGGAUGGUCUAGAGGGUUACGCUCCUGCGCCACCUACUGAGGGUGCCCCUUCAGAGUAUCCCCAGUCAGAGAUGAUGAUUGAGCCAGAUGAGGAGGAGGAUGCCAAGCAGCUUGAGAUUUUCCGCGCCGGAAAGCGAAAUGAGGCUGAGGAUGAUAUGGAGUUCCCUGACGAGAUUGAGAUGCACCCUCAUGUCUUGGCUCGCGAGCGUCUCGCCCGAUACCGUGGUCUCAAGAGUCUGCGAACCAGUGUGUGGCAGCAGGAGGAGGAUCGCGCACAUGAGCCUGAGGAGUGGAGACGCCUCCUUCAAGUGUCAGACUACCAAGCUUCACGAUCACGAGUCACCCGAGAGGCUCUGGUCGGCGGAGUUGAGCCUGGAACUCGUGUUCACAUCUAUAUCAAGGGCAUCUCCCCCAUCCAGGAGAAGACCUACGACCCUAAGAAGCCCCUGACGCUCUUCUCACUUCUUCGACACGAGAACAAGAAGACCUCUGUUAACUACCUCUUCAACCUGAGCUCUGACUUCACCAAGUCUAUCAAGGCUAAGGAGGAGCUUAUUGUCCAGUGCGGACCUCGCCGAAUGGUGAUCAAGCCUCUCUUCUCCCAGCCUGGACAAACACCAAACAAUGUCCACAAGUACUGCCGAUUUAUCCACCCUGGUCAAUCAGCUAUCGCAACCUUCAUGGGUCCUCUAACAUGGGGUGCUGUGCCUGUGCUGUUCUUCAAGCGAACCACUGCUGAGGAGGUUGAGAAGGAGGACGGUUCUCACAUUGGUCUGUCGCUCAUCGGUACAGGAACCGCCAUACCACCCUCGACAAAUCGCGUCGUCGCCAAGCGAAUCAUUCUUGCUGGUCAUCCUUACCACAUCCACAAGAAGAUCGUUACCAUCCGAUACAUGUUCUUUAACCGAGAGGAUGUCGAGUGGUUCAAGGCUCUACCGCUCUGGACAAAGCGAGGACGCAGUGGCUUCAUCAAGGAGCCUCUUGGUACACACGGUUACCUUAAGGCGACAUUCGAUGGACGUAUCAACCCUCAAGACUCCAUCGGUGUCAGUUUGUACAAGCGGGUGUGGCCACGACAGGCUGCUCCCGUGGAGGGACCCUUGCUGGAGAUUGAGCCUAGCACAAUGCAGGCUGACGGCGAUAUGAUGAUGGACGAAUAG